AUGUCGUCGUCUUCGUCGGAUAAUUGCGGCCAGUGCGCGUGGUCCGACUCGUCGUUCCUGUCGGGUUCGUGCGGCAGCACCGGCGGCCUGGCGUUUUUCAUGUCACUAGUCGACUUGGUCAUCCGGUCCCAGUGCUCGGUGUCCGACCCGUGUCGCCGGGCCCGGGCCGACGAAAAGUUCCCGUCCGGACCGGUGUACCCGGAGGAGCUCGACUUCGUGGUGGUCGGCGGCGGCGUGGCCGGUUCCGUGGUCGCGUCCCGGCUGAGCGAGGUGCCCGGUUGGACGGUGGGCUUGCUGGAGGCCGGUCCCGAAGAACCUACCACCACUUCGGUGCCGGCGUUUGCUACGGCCGCCACAGGCACCGAGCUCGAUUGGCAAUACCUGACCGAGCCGCAGAACAACGCGUGCCGGAGCACGGGCGGCGUGUGCGCGUGGCCCCGGGGCAAGAUGUUGGGCGGCACCGGCGCCAUGACCGGCAUGAUGUAUUCCAGGGGCCACAAGCUCGUGUACGACAGCUGGAGAGACGCCGGCAUCGUCGGCUGGGGCUACGACGACGUGCUGCCGUACUUCAAGAAGUCUGAGUCCAAUCGGAACGCCGACCUGGUCGAGCCCGAGUACCACGGUUUCGACGGUCCGAUUAGCGUCCAACGGUUUCCAAGCCGACCCGAAAUGGCCGAAACCAUAGUGCAGGCUGGCAUAGAGCUGGGCUACAGGUCCGGCGAUCUGAACGGGCACAAUCAAACGGGUAGGUAAUUAUUUUAUGAUAUUAAAAUGUUAUUAUGGGAUUUAAUAACGUCAACUAUCCGUAAAAAAAAUAUGACCUAAAAUCACUUAAGAUUCGUUCAAAGUAUAUUUCUUACGGUUAACAAAAAUAUCAAACCGGUAAACAAAUUCUAAUACACGUUUGACACUAACAUUUGAAUUGUAGAAAAAUAUAAAUCCAAAAUUGUUAGUAUGGUGAUUAACAAAACAAACGAGCUGAUACUGGAGACGGAUGAGACCAAUGUUGGGAAGAUGGAAUGCGUAAUGUUAUUUAAUUUAAGCCAGUAACCAACGAUAAACCAUUGCUAACGAAAAACGGUCCAGAAUGGAGUUCGGUUAUACAUGUUUUGAAGGCCGUAAUACUUAUAAUAUUUGUCAAAAUUUGAUUUUAAAACUUAUGAGAAAAAAAAAAUGGAUUACACUCAAUUUUUUUAUUUUUACUACUGAAUAUGACUUAUAAUGAACCUCCUGUCAAAUUUUCAAGCUUUUCUGUUGAUUUUAACAAUUUUUUUCCACGGGUACCUACCAGAAAAUAAAAUAACUCAUAAAAUUUAAAUGUCUAUAAAUAACUCAGAAAUGGAUCAAAUGUUUCGAAAAUUUGACCACGUCUAGAAAAAAUAAAUAUGAGUUUUUCGUCCAGAUUUCGUGUCUUUACGGAUAUGUUUAACAGAAUUAUAAAAAUAAAAACAAAAUUAAAAAUAAUAAAAGCAUUAUUUUCGUAAAUUUGCUCGUUCUUUUUACGCAGUUUUUUGUUUUACUCAAUUAUUAAAAAAAACUACAAAGAAAUUGAAUAAACGACUAUCUUUGUCAUCAACGAAAAUUCAACGAAAAAGAUAUAUUGUUAUUUUUCGAUUGGAGCUAUAUUUUUGGUAGAAGUUGCAAAAAUUAUUAACAAUGAAAUCGGUAACGUCGCGGCGCAGCAUUUGCAGUUUUACCCAUAAUUAUCUUUCGGGGUUUUCACGAUAACUGCGAAAACCCUUUAAAAAAAAAAAAAAAAAAAAAAAAACAAAUAAAUGACCUCUCUAACGCGCCAACUAGACACAAUUUCCGUUCAGAAAAGGUAUUAUACUCUACACAUCGGAGCCGGAGUGGGAUUUCUUUUCGGAAAGUUGUUUACAGACAGAAAAACAAAACAGCACACAACUUAGUAAAACCAACGGAUCCCUCACUACGCUCAGAAUCUAAAAUAAUGUAGGAAUCUAUAAAUACGUAAAAUCUUAACUCGUUUUAAAAACAAAAACCGUUAGCUGUUAUCCAAACUCGUUUUAGGUAAGGGCGUUAUUGUUUUCGUGUGCGGAACAUUGCGGACAACAGCAUACAGAUGGUAAAUACCAUAAAAUACGCGUACAGCCAUUCGAUAGCGGUUAAAGCGGCUGUGCACAGCGGAAGGGAAUAUCCGUUCUUGUUUAAGAUAAAACUGCGCGUUCCCUCCAGUGGCGUAACCAGGAUUAUCAACGCGGAGGUAGAGUCUAAGGUUAAUUACACCCGACCUUACCGCCCUGACUACGGCCACUGCGCCGCUGGUUCGGCGGUACGCGUUAACAGCCGUCAAUGUGGUAUUUCGAACGGAAUCAAAAACGAUCCGCAUUAGUUUUGUGAAACAUGAUAUAUACGCUUUUGAUAACUGGGUAUCGGAUUAUACGUAAAUAUAUCGUUCUGUUUUACUGUAUUUUUACCGGACGGUCGUCGAGGUACGGUUGUUUUUUUUCAACUCUUCCGUUUGCGUAACGUUUAUUUGAACAUAUAAAAUUACACUUCAUUAUAGUCGUAGGGGACGUUUUUCGUAUAGAUUAGCGGUGGGAAAACGAGCGAAUAAAUAAUGCGUAUGAUUAUUUAAAAAACGGGGGAAAAAAAAAACUACGCGGCAACCGUAAUACGCGCACUCGAACGGAUCGCGUAAAUCCACGACAGGAUGUUUGAGCAAUACAAUCGAAUCCCCUGCACGUUCGCACACCUCGACACCAAAUAUUAUUGUAUUAUUGUAUUAUUAUUGUUUUUUUUUUUUUUUCGUAAACGCCGUUGUCGUAGAUUUCGCAAUACGUCGUGCUGCAGUCGCGUAUCGUGAUAAUUCUUUUCGGUAUCUAUUCAAACGGCGGCGGGCACCGUAAGGAAUCUGUUGAAAGGAACACGUCGCCGUCACCGUCGUCGUCGUCGUCGUCGUCGUCUACACGUAUGCCUAACGUAUACCACGCGUGACCUUUGUAAACGAACCGAUUUUUUUCGUUUAAUGAAAAAUCAUUUAAUCUCGAGAAAAAUCCGGCACAGCGCGUGCCCGGGCGCAUUGUUGCGUACGUACGCCUACACGGCGAACGUGUGCGAACUACGCGCGUAACGCGGUUUUACAACGUUCGGUUUUUUUUUUUUUUUUGUUUUUUUUUUUUAACGUCAAAAUUGGUCGGUUUCUGCAACCUACCGUAAUAAUACUAUUAUUGUUACUAUUAUUAUUACGUACGCGUACGGGCGCGAUAAUAUUAUUAUUAUUUUAUUGUGUCCCGCGAUCAUAUUCAGACGUUAUUUUCCGCGGGCGGGCGAGUGCAAUCGCGCGCAUUGUAUCGCCGCGAGCGCGGCGAUUAUUGUUUUUCUCCACUUCGAUGGAAUGAAACGGCGCGCGGGGUAUUGGUAAAUUUUUCGCGCGACGAAAUAAUAAAAAAAGAAAAAAAAACACAUACAUCUGUACACGUGCAUCGCCGGGGUUUUCGGUAUUCGCGUCCGCGGUAAUCGAUAACAGGGGGCAAAAAAAUCGAAUCUAAUCGCGCGAUAACAUUUAAAUGUUAUACUGCAGAAACGCGUUAACGUCACGGAACAACACGUUGACCACGUUUGAGAUUGUCGUGGCAAACUUUCUAGAACAUGUGUGCCACUUAAUGAUAAUAUAAUGCUACCGUUUAAUAUUGUGUCGUGCAUUUAUAGGCGACGACGUGAUUGGCCGGUGCGCAUUUAGUUGAUUUAGACUAUACGAAAAUAACUCGAAAAUGGCGUGUUGUGUUUAAUGUGUUUCGCAGAUCGAUUUGAGAGCAACCGUUGUUCCGGCAUACAUUCAGAACCGUUCGGAUAAGAUAAAAUCCCAUCCGGGGUAAAACGGUUUGUUCUAGAAAUAUUAUAUACUGUUCAGUUAAAUAACGUAUGCAAUUACGCGGGAUGAAAGUGCAUACACUCGAAAUUUCCAGGCGGACCGUAACCCUCAUUGCCCCCCCUCCCCCGAUUCGGGCGGACGGGCUGCAUAACAUGGCGCAUGCCUGAACGUGGCCCGCAUGAAUUGAAAACUAUCGACAUGAACUAACGUGGAAAUUAUUCGGCCGCGUAUUAUACGGCUUCACUCGACUGCGAUGACAAUAAAAACCACGAGAUUAUCGUUCGUUUUUUAUUAAACCGUAUCGUUUUCCGCCUUGACAAUAGACGAUGUUAACAUGCACUCAAAUGACUGUAGCCAAUAAUAUCACUAUUGUGCCCGCGCAAAACCGACAGAGCCAACAUGGCCAACUAACCGUUUUCAACAACACCUAAACACCGUCAUUGGAGAUAAAAUUGUUUUUUUUUUUUUUUUUUUUUUAAUGGUUAAUUCUAAUGAACUAAUUCGAUAUUGUGUGUAUGAACUAUGCGAGUACAAUCCAAAUGUCGAUAAACAAAACGAACAAUUUUAUUUUAAACGCGACUAAUUCAAUUUAUGUGACCGAAUUUACCACGGCGAAUCGGCCAUUAUUCCUCUUUUGUAUUAAAACUAAUUGUAAACGAUUUCUAUUAAAACUAAACGUUUAAAUCGAUUUAAUAUAUUAUCCCACUGUGCAAUGAACGUUACAAAACAUUGUCGUAACGUUGAACUCGGGCUCCGAAAAAACAUCGCCAAUUAACAUUCCUGCGAUAUUCUUCAACUGUUACAUAAAAAUAAUGGUUUACAUAUCAACGGGUAAUAUUAUUUAAAUGUUUAUUAUUUAACAUUGGCGCAACGUCCACAAAAUAUUCCAUUAAAACUGUUACUUAAAAAAAGCAUGCGUUAUCGUGUUUUUCGGGUUUUUAUAUUUUAUAUUUGAGUGUACCAGCAGUGACUUUUUAUCUUUUCGUUAUUAUUAUUAUUAUUUAUUUUUUUUUUUUUUAAUUUCACUGAUAGUGCAGUUCUGCAUCACCAGAAAACAACACGCUAUCAUAUACUUAUAUUUAAACAUGGACGUCCAUUGUGUUUUGGCGAUUAACCUGGUUAUAUUCAUUAUCAGUUAUGGUUAUAUAAUUAUGAUUUAUGCUCGAUAGUAAAAGAUUCUCGAAAACGACACGUUUAUGAUUGUUACAAAAUAAUAUUAAUUGAUAAUCAAAAAAGAACUGGCUAAACAUCGAAUAGUGACUUUAUCAAUGUCCAAACAUCAUAACCGUUUAUUUCGUUUGGUUAUUAUUUUUCAAUAACCUAUAACCAAAAGUCAUAGCCAAAGUAAUGACCAAAAUCGCCAAAACGACUUGUUUAUAAAAUACAGUAACCAGGUUACAUUUGGUUAUUCGCCAAAACACGCCUAAUUAUAAAUAGCAAAACACAUUGUUAUUAGCUUAAAAACACUCAAACAUAUUUUAUCGGCAUCGAACAUAGAAUUGCCGAUUCUUUGAGCUACAAUGACACAAUUGAUCUGUUAACAUAAAAAAACAUGUUUAAAUUAUAUUAUAUAAUAUCAGUUGUAUUACAAUAAUCUAUGUUUAUUUUUUUAUUUAAAGUAAAAAUAUACUUAUUAUGUCAUAUUUAUGUCAUCGUGUUCAAUAAAAUACAAAUAUUAAUUAAUAAAAUACUGUUUGUACCUGAGUAAGUACUUGUGUCCAAUAUAAAAAUACAAAUUUGAUUUGAUAAGCUUAUAUAUAUUUAUGGGUACAAAUUUAGAUUUCUAACAAAACCAUCGAGUUUAUAUGAAAAAUUAAGUAAAUCCGUUAGAAAACAAAAUGAAUAAAUAAACAUAUGUAUGAAGCCCCACAAAAUUCUGCACCGGGCCCUAAAAUCUAUCUGGCCGACACUGUAUUCCCUGAAUGCCACAUGAAACGGUCAUCAAUAGUUGUAGGAAUGUUUUUGCAACGCGUAUCCCACUCACAUUGCGAUGUUACAUGUUCCAGUGCAAUCGUUGCUACAACUAAUUGCUCAGCGGGUACGGACGAAAAUAUGAAAAACUAGGGGGAAAAGUGAUCGCGAACAUGAUUAGAUUGUUUGAUACAGAUACAGAUACAGAUACAGAUAAUGUUUGGAUAAAGUUGUCUAAACAAAAAAAAAAUUGAAUCUAUUCGUGAUUUUUGUCAACAAACUACCAAUGGUCACUAUGGCCGUUUUACACGGAAAAUCAAUAAAUGACCGAAUUUAUGUAUACACGUUGACGAUUUCAGGAUUUUCGGUGGCACAGGUGAUGGUGGACAACGGUCUCAGGAUGAGCACGUCCCGGGCGUAUUUGCGGCCCGCUUACGGCCGACGCAAUCUGUUCGUGAAGAUCAACUGCCGGGUGACUGGGCUGGUGUUGAACAAGCUGAACAGCCGCGUGCAGGGCGUCAAGUACGUGGAUCGGUACGGUCGCGAGCACAUGGUGCGGGCCAGGAAGGAGGUGAUCCUGUCGGCGGGCGUGGUCGGCUCAGCGCACCUACUCCUGGUGUCCGGCAUCGGGCCCGCCGAAGACCUGUUCCGGGCUGGCGUCACCGUGUUCCAGGACCUACCGGUUGGCCGCAACCUGCAGCACCACGUGUCUGUCAGCAUUGCGGCCACCGUGAACGCGUCCGAGGAGGCCCACUACCUGACCAUGGACGCGUUGUCUGAAUUCCUGGCCACGCGCACUGGACCGUUGGCCAGCACGGGCCUAACGCAAACCACCGGGUUCCUGACCACUUCCUAUGCCGUCAACGGGGUUAGUAUGAAUGCGGUUUACUAAUCAGUUUUGUCUUUAAAUCUGUAACGCUGUAAAACGUCAGACGGAGGAGUCCAGGGUCGGAAUGAAACAUUUUUGAUAAGAUCGGUGUUUCUCAUUAUUGAGAACAACGCGGAAUCUUCUCAACGCACAAACUAGACGAAAUUUUCUACCGAAAACCACCGCCGGAGUGAUAAAUAAUCGGAGGAAUAUUUCUGAUAAAAAAGUUCACAACAGGCAUAAACUAUUAGAUGGUUUUUGUAGACGUUGAGACGCCUCGAGCGGAAAUCUAAAAUGAAAAAAAGACGUAGACGCGAAAACUUCAUCGCCCUAAACAUAAUAAUCGUGUUAGCGGCUAACAGUUAGCCGAUAAAAAUAUAAUUUUUUUUUUUUUUUUUUUUUUCGGCACCAAUAAUCAAUUUGGUUUACUCCAAUUUUUACGUCCACACACCUCGUUGUUCACUAUUCGAAUUUAAUAAUAUGUUACAGGUAUACCUAUAACUGUCGUUUUGCGGAAAAAAUCGAACGGUACCUAUACAUAUAUCUAUCGUGACCGGUAACCGUUAACAUACACAAAGUGUACCGCCACCGUCGCCGCAGCCGCGGCGCGCCGGUAGAUUUGUGGUUUCGUUUUUUUUUUUUUUUUUUUUUUUUUUUUUUUUCUGUUUUGGUCAACCAAGCAAACUCGAUACAGUUUUAUUUUCGAACACCAUUUUCCUCCGAGCAAGUUAAAAAGAAAAUGGUGCAGAGACCACCUUAAAAAAUAUCAUUUAUAAAAAAUAAAAUUAAAAAAAACAAACGUAAUCAAAUAAAAUUACAAAUAAUCAAAGUAGGUAGCUCCACUGAUGCCUUCCUACAUCAUGUCUUUUUCAUGUGUUUAAAUUUUCUUCGUUCUCACUUUUACUUGUGCAUAUUAGUAUAGUUGUAAAUAUUUUUUUUUAAAUAAAAAAAAUAUAGAUAACACGAUUUUCGAUCUAAGUCCCCUAAGAAAAUUUACGAUGAAAUGUUAUCAAAAAAAAUUAUAUAUAUAUAUAUUUAUAUGAUAAUGGAAAUCUACCAUUUUUAAAUAAAACAAAUUAGGAAACGCCUAAAUGACGAACUAUUGUGUUCUUUCGCACCUAUAUUAUAUUAUUAUGUGGAAUAAAUGUUGUUUGUCAAUUAUUAUUAAUAGAUGUCUGUUGACAUUAUUUGGAAACAAAUAAAUUACAUUUUUUUCCGGUUUAAGCUUAGCUCAGGUAAAUAUUUCGUUCGUGAAACAAAAUUCUCUACAAUUGAAUUGUCCACAUCGAUAUUUCUAUCUCUGUAUCAAUUAAUUAUAAUUAUUAUGCAUAUUUUCAUUUUUUUCCGUUGCGCAGAUACCCGACGCGCAGGUGUACUUCGACGGGUUGGCGCCGAAUUGUGACAAGGUGCCUGUAGACCCGGAGGGUCCGUCGUACCGAACCGAUUACGAUCGUUCGAGGACAUACGUGUGGGCCAGACCUACGUACUUGUUGACCAAUAGCCGGGGAUACAUCGCCCUGCGGACGGGCAAUCCGCUUGACCACCCGAUCAUCCAGCCCAACUACUUCGAGGAUCCACGGGAUGUACUGGCCAUGGUGGAGAGUAUACGAAUUGUGCUGAGUCUGAUGGGUACGCGGGCCAUGAGCAAAUGGGACGUGAGGCCGGAUCGGACGCCACACCCGGAUUGUGCUCACCACCGAUACGGAACCGACGCAUACUGGUCGUGCGUGGUGGUCACCGACACCAAGCCCGAAAACCAUCAUUCGGGCACGUGCAAAAUGGGUCCGGCCUGGGACCGGGAUACAGUGGUUGAUCCCGAACUCCGGGUGCUUGGAGUGCCUAACCUGCGGGUGAUGGACGCAUCCGUGUUCCCCACCGGACCCAACUGUAACCCCAUAGCGCCCGUCAUCAUGGUGGCCGAGAAGGGGUCCGACAUGGUGAAACGUACGUGGGCGGCGUACGCACACGAAGACAACAACGUGCCACCCCUGUACAAAGACAACCUCAAGCAAUAGGAAUUGCCGUCACUACAACAAUAACAAUAUCAAAAUGUAUUUUUAUUCACACGAUGUCAUGAUAUGCAUUAUUGUAUUUAUUUAUUUAUUUAUUUUCUCGGAUGAACCGAGUUCCCCGGCAACUUUUGAAGGUUAUGUGUUUCUCAACACGUGGGUGCCAGAUGAAACAAAAAAAACAAAACAAAAAUCACAAUGUUAACCAAACCAUAACAAAUGAGUUCUACAUUUUGUUUUUUUUUUUGUUCUGUUUUGUUUUUUUUUGUUUUUUUUUUUUUUUGGCAAUAUAUUUCGUCAUUGCAGUAAGUAAUAAUUACGGGUGAUUAAUGGUGUAACGUUCAUGUUUACGCGCACCUGCCAUCAUAUAUUAUGUACUUACCUAUUUUGCAUUUUAAGAUGAUUUUUUUUUUUUGCUGAAUUUUAAGUCAUCCAAUUAUUGUGAUAUGUUUUAUUAAAUUAUUAUUUAUUUAAUUUUAACCAAAAAUUAGCGUUUUUAGUUCACGUUUAUAUUUCAUCGCAACAUAGGUGAAACUAAUGAGACGGGGGAAGGAGCUGAAAGGACAGAUCCCUUCCAUAAACUUCCCCGAAUCGAUAGGGCUAAUUUUUUUUUUUUUGUAAUAUUUUAAACAGUCAAAUCGACAUAGUUUUAGAAAAAAUUCGAAUGGCAGACAAUCGUUACACGAAAAAACAAUAAUUACUUAACGAGCGGGAAAAAUGUGUAGUCUUAUCAAGUCAGUCGAACAAAAAUAGACUGAGACACCCAUCUCAAAAAAAAAAAAAAAUUGACUUCUCUGUAAUUCUGGACCCGCAAUAUUCUUAUUAUAUUAUUAUUGUACUAUAAUUACGAUGUAUAAUAGGUAUUCACGGGCAGAAUUCAAUGGGACAGUAUAUUAUAUUAUACUUUAUUAAAAAUAUUAACGCAACAUUGUUUACAGCAUCGCCGAAAUAAAAUUCGGUGAAAGUAUACCCGAAGAAUGUCCUCAAAUAUUUCGGGAUUUUUCUAUGAAAAUAUAACCUGAAGCCACGACGUGAGGAGACCGUUUUACAAGUAUAAUAUUACAGUAUUUUUGUAAUGGUCAUAAUGAUACGACAGUUUAAUAAUAAUAAUAUACACACCUAUGUGAUUUUAGAACGGCAUAAAUAGUUUUGAUUCGAUAAUAAUAAGCUCGGUGUGGCGUUUUGGGAAUAAAUAGAACAAUAACAAUGAUGGCAACACUAUUGUUUUAACGUCUAUAUUGUAAUAACAAACGGGACUGAGAAAGUCAUGUCGUGUACUGUUUACUAUAACAAAACAAACCAAAAUUAAUUUUUAUAGUAUUAUUAUUCCGAUAAACGAUUCAAAAUUCUAUAUUCGCCGAGUAAUAAUAAUUUCAAUUAUAAUACAAUUUACAGAGAUAUAAAAAAAACAUUUAUUAUUAUUAUUAUUUUUUUUUUCUUUUUUGUCACCUUACUCCUAAUCAUUAAAUAUAAUAAAUUAAAAAAAUCGACCCUAAUAAGUAAUAAACAUAAAUCUAAGUAAAAUAAUUUUAAUUUUAAAAUUUCAAAAAUUUUGUUUGAAUAUUGUUUAUUUUGUUAAAUCAAACCGAACUAUCGUUGUAGCAGCGGGUGAGGUUUUUUUUUUUUAAUAAAUCAAUAUUUUAUAAAAUCACAUCAUAAAAAGGCACUAUUUUAUAUGCAAUGUGCAUUCGGGUUCUAUUCUUUAGGGGAUGGACAUUUCGAUGGUGUUAAAGGCCGUCGUUUGAUCCGUCCUUUUUAACAAAAUAAUACGGUGUAAAUAACUGCAGUCCCGAGUGUGGCUCACCACCGGUAACAAAAUUAUCGUUCAACUAUAUCGACGCACUUACGCCGAUGAUUAUCGAAGCGAAACUCCUAGGUCAAGUCUGAAUUGAUUAUAUUCAAUACACAAACUACGAUUAUGCACAGUGCACACAGACGAGUGUAGUCCGUAACGAAUAAACUGUGUAAACGCCAGUAAAAAAAAAUAAAACAUUUUUUUUUUUUUCAUGAAAUUUAAAAUGCUAUAUAAUAAUAAUUUUUUUCAUUUUAAAUAUAGUAUAAGAUGUUUUAAAUUUAGACGGAAAAAUGUGUCGUUUAAUUUAAAGUACUUUCGUUAUUUCCGUAUAUACGUUAUUCGUACUUAUUUUUUUUUUCCACAGGCGAUAGCAAUUCAAAUAAUUUGAUCCAAGCGCGCACCUGGAGUUUUUAUUUGGGGGAGGAGGGGUUAAUUAUUUUUUCAUAACUAACGAAGCACCUAACCAGUAUAAUGUUACACAGUCAACGAUCAAAAUUAUUAUUGAUAUCGUAGUUAUCGAUUUAAGACGACGGGUGACAAUCCGACGUAAUCGCUAGUAUAAAUCUAAAAAGACGUUCUAGGAUAAUGAGGACGGAGGCAGUCACUAUUAUAGAUAAUUUAAUAUAAACUUGUAACCAACGAUAUAAACUAUUGCUUACUAAAAAACGAUUUUGAGCGGAGUUCAGUAAAGAGCGAUGUUUUGUCAACAAUAUAUAUGCUUUAUUAUAGUAAAAUAAUUUUUAUUCAGUUUACUCAGUUUUUCUCAUUUGCUGGUGAAAACUCCUGAGAAAACUGAAAAAUGAUCUUCUUAAAGUACUUCCCCAGUCAGAUUUACUUUCAGAAAAGUUGCUAUACGUAAAAAUCGGAGCAAGUUCUCUGGUAGAAAAGUUGUCCAAAGAAAAAAAAAAAUAAACAUUUUUGUAAACCCAUAAGCUUCUUCGCCCCACUCAGAAUCUAAAAUAAUUUUCAACGAAAUAAUCGAUUGAUAAUUGCCACAAAUCUCAUCUCGUACUAUUGAACUAUUAAUAUGUAUCAAACAUGAUAAAUGAUAAUCAAAUAAAAAAAAAAAAAAACAUGUUUUAUUAUUGUAACAAUAAUAAUAAUAUUAUACAAUAUUCACAAAUUUUGGGACAUGGGAUUUAGCCCCCCCCCUGGGUGCGCCACUUGUUUAAUCAGCGUUUUUUUCGUCUAAAUGUAUUUGAAGUUUUCUUCCUAUUAGAGCAAUUAAUAUCAGUUGUCUUUGUACCAGCCACUCUCGCACGAUCGUAAUUUCUUCAUCCUUUUAGAUUCCGAGCGUAGCGAGAGUGCUAUUGGUUUUACAAUGCUGUUUAUUUCUUUCUUUUUUCUUCUUCUAAUCUGCAGGCACGUUUUGUUUUAGUAAACAUGCUCUGAUUUUUAGCAACUUUUCUAAAAGAUCAAGUUAUCUAGAUGGUACUUUGUACUUUAAUGAAGUAAUUUAUUGAUUUUUGGUGCCUUUUUUUAAGUAAAAGCACUUAAAUGAAAAAAGAAGUAGGAAAACGUACAAUUUCACGAUUCAUUAUUUUAUAAUACUUAUAUUGGACUUACUUACAUGGUAAAAUUUCCAAAUUCAUCAAAUUACUUUCUUUUUUUUUUAAUAAACGUUUUGAAAUCAAAUUUAAACAAAAAUCUUAAAAAAAUUACAGCACUUCAAAUUAUGUAUUAUUGAACUGCGCUCGGAAUCGUCUUUCGUUAAGCAAUGGUUUAUCGUUGCUUACAGAGGUAUAAAUAAAAUAACCUUAAAUAUUCUACCUUCCCAACUUCUCACCUACAACAGUGGCCGCUCUCAUCCCCAGUAUCAGCUUUUUUUUAUAUAUAUAUUUUAUUCAAAAUAAAUUUAAAUAAUAAACACGAAUCAUAAGUUUAAUAGGUACGGAUUACUAAAUACUAAAUAAUGGUAAGCAGAAUAGGUAUAUAAUACUAAUAUGCAAUAGUGAUAAUUACGUAACUUUCUAUUAUUAUAUUUUUUUUUAUUUUUUUGAAAAUGUUUAAUACACAUAUAGGAAUAUAACUAUGUAUUAUACUUGCCAAAUAUUUUAUACCGAUUGUAAUAGUUUGGUUUAUUUUUUUUUUAUUCGUUAGACGAUAAUACAGUUUUUUUUUAAACCCGAAAAGACCACAAUACUUAGUGAAUACAUAUAUAUAUUGUUAUUAUGCAGUAUAUACACUUGUUGGUGCUUAUGUUUUGAAUAUUAAUAGUUUGUAAUUCUUCAAGUGUAUAAGACAAUAAAAAUAUUAGGAAAUCCAUACUGAAAAUAAAAAAAUAUAUAUAUAUUUAUGUAUACAUAUAUUUAUAACCGUAUAUUACAAAUGCAGUACGUACCGAUUGAUCGUUAGAUUCAACAUUAUAUUCAUUAUAUUAUAAUAUGAUACAUUUAAACGCCAAAAAAUCGACUUUUCAAGGUACUCGUAUCACAGUAUUUUUAUUUAUACUGAUUUUAUAUCACUACGAGUAUUUAGACGCUUUAUAGACACUACGAGAAUAUUACGAAAUAAUCGGAUAAGUAGUAGUGAAAAAUCAUCAUUUGAUUUUUUGUACCUUAUAUAUAUGCCACGAAAUAUAUGUAUAUAAAAAAUAUAAGUUUACUCUCUACGUAUAAAGAUGGUAAUUUUUUCACUGAUGUAUUUCUCCGUGUUUUUAUAUUCAGUGGCAUUUUUUGACUUGAUAUUUAUCUAUUGUGUAUGUCACAUUUUUUUUUUUUCAAGUUAUUAUACUAGUAAGUAAGUAUCUAUACAAACGUAUAAAUUAAAAUGCACUUACCUUCAAUUUCAGUUUAUUUUUAACAUUUUUAUAUUUUCAGCAAUUCUUAAUAAAAGUUUUUUUUUUUAGUAAACAAUUAACAAAUCAUAAAUAAAUAAAUAUAAAUUUAAAAAAUGAAAAAUGAAAUAAAAUCAUAUAAAAGCAAGUUAGUCUAUUGGUCGUAAAAUCAUAAUAAUUUUAACGAAAACACAAACUAGUCACAAAUUCAAUUUGAACCCCCAGAUUGUUUACACUGCAGUACAUUAUAUCUCAACAAAGCAUAUAGUAUUUUUUUUCUUCAUAUAAAUCUGGUUUAAAAGUUUAUUUCUUGUUUGCUUUAUUGUAAGACGGAAUCUGUUCUUAAACACAUCUCUUUUUAGAGUAUUUGCGAAAAGGCAUUGGACAAUGGACAUAUCCUACGGAAAAUGAAUCCGUUCAAUGUUUAUUUUAAAGCUAUUACAAGUCCCGACUUUUCGCCCUAGGACGAACUUUUCAUACAUCGUAUAAACAAACUCAGAAUAUUCUACAAUUUGUGUUUACGGAUCAAUUGGAGGUACGUAAUAAAAAACAUUGAACACACUUUGGACGGUGAAUGGGUCAAUGUUGUAGGUCAGAAGUUCGGAUGGUAGAGGGGAAAUUUAAUGUAUAUCAUCUGUACGCAACGAUUAAUCAUUACUAACGAAAAACGAUUGUGAACGGAGUUUAACGGUUUCACGUAAUUUGAAAGGCCAUAGUAUUUACGAUUUGAAAAUAUUACAUUUCGUAAAUUGUCCCGGUUUCUCUACGGUUUUAUUUGGUUUUUUCCAUUUAUUAUAAAAACCCCCGAAAAAAUCAAAAAAUGAUUUCCCUAAAGUACCCCCCAGUCAGAUUCCCUUUCAGAAUAAAUGCUGUACUUGAAAAUCGGAGCAAAAUUUCUGGUAGACUAAUUGUUUAAAAAAAAUAAAAAAUAACAUCAUUAUAAAACCAAUACAUUCCUCGUUCCACUCUGAAUCUAAAACAACAAAUAAGUGUAAAUUAAUAUUUAGAUUAGGCACUUUUAAAAAAAGCGUUUUGUUGAUAAAUAUAACAAUUGACUGGCAACUAUUCUCGGAAUUUAAAAAGUAUAUUAUCAAUUUUUCUGGUUUAUGCAAACAAAAUAUUUUUGUUCUCAUCGUGAAACUCUUAAUUUAGGUACAUUUGUUAGAUUCUUUUGAAUUAACGCACUUCUAUUUACGCCUUAACGGCCACUGAAAAAUUGUAACUGUUUAUUAAUUUUGAUCGUCGAUGAAAAUAUUAUUUAGGAUUAAUAGUUAUAGGAACUAUAUUAAUAAGUAAGAGUAACCGACUACACUAGUAAUAGGUAGUAUUGGUAGUGAAUUACACAACGCGAUUUUUCGAUGUCCAUUUCACCGAAUACGUUGGCCGUAUAUGAUACAGACAUAAACUAAGCAUGUUUCGCAGUUUUUCAACAGUGUAAAAUUAAAUUUUCCUAAAAUUUAGUCUAUUUAUAGGUCCGUUACACGGAUUCGAAAAAAAUUAAUAGGUACGAUUAUAAGUAUGAUGCGAAAUGGGCGAAAAAAUAAAUACCUAUACAAAUAUAGAAAAAAAAACCUAGCUCGGGUUAUUGACUAUUGUUAUUAAUAUGAGAUCAUAGACACUUAUACAUAAUAUAUUACAUUAAAUCAAAUACGAAGACAUUGACAUACAAUUUUAUAUUGUAUUUCGUAACUACCAAUCUCGGAAUUAUUCCAUCAUCGGGUUACCAUACCUAUUUAUGUUACAAAGAAAAAUAAAUUACAGUGAAAUAUUAUAAGUAAAGACAAAAUGUAUUGAAACAUUAUUGUAUAAAGAAAGUGUAUUAAAAUAUUAUAUUGAAUAAAUUAUUUUCAAAAAUUAGACCUAAAUAUAUCACCGGCGUAUAUUAUUAUAGUUGCACUUCGGCGAUCGGUUUCGAUUUUGAAAAUUAUCUUUAGGCAACUAAUAAUAUUAUUCAGGCUAGUUAACACUAUUGUCGAAUUUUCCGAGAAAAUUGAGACAAUUGCACUGUACACGUCAUACAUAAUAUAUUUUACCCGUUUCUUUUGGAUAUUUCUAACGGCUUUCUCUAGACCAAAUGAGCUAAAACUCAGGAAUUAGAGUUGUUCGUAGGAGUAUUGAGAUGAUAAAAGAUAAGUUAAAUAAAAAUUAUAUAACCGUGUUGUUGUGGGUGUAGGGUGGUUUUUAGCUUUGUACACCCCUGCAGACUCAUCGAAUGAAGCACAUACAGAAAUAUGCAUGCCAUUAGUAUCAGGAAUGCGCCUUUUGCGGAUUUUAAUUUACAACUUUCACUUCUACCAUUUAUAUGGUCAAGUUUAACCAUUUCUUUAAAAGUAAUACAAUAAUUUGUACAGAUAAUGUAUUGAGUAUAGAACAGUAGGUACUGUAUUGUUAUAUUAUUCCGGUUGUUUAUUGUUUAGCAUAUUGUAUAUUUGUAUUAUAAAAAAACCUGUCCUAUGAUAAUGGGGACGAGUGCAGCCACUGCUAUAGGUAAUUUAAUGUAUACUUGUAAGAAACGAUAAACCAUUAGCGAAAAAACAAUUCUGAUCGGAGUUUAGUUGAUAGUGAUGUUUUCUCAACAAUAUAUAUUGUCAUAUUAUGGUAAAAUAAUUAAAUAGACAUAAUAUAUUUUCUUUAAACAUUUUUGUUUAAUGCACCGAUUUUCCCGUGAUUUUUUUCCGGUUUUUCACAUUUUCUAGGAAAACUUCUGAGAAAAUCGAAAAAUGACCUACCUUCCCAGUCAGAUUUUCUUUCAGAAAAAGGGCUACACAUAAAAAUCGGAGCAUGAUCUCUGGUAGAAAAUUUGUCCACAGAAAAAAAAUAUUUAAAAAAUAAGGAUCUUUGUAAAACCAUAAGCUUCUUCGCUCCACUCAGAAUUUAAAUUAGAGUAGGGAAGAAAUCCUACUCUAAUGAUCUCUGCUGCUCACGAGUGCUUUCAUUAUUUUAUAGUACCUAAUUGGUUUAUUUUCCUACAUUAUUAAUUGUUUUAUGUGUAUUUAAAAUACAAUUUAGGUACUACUAAUUGUAGUGUUAUUAAAUACCAACCUAUAUAUGAAUAUAUAUGAAUUUAUUUAUUAAAGUAACCAGACCCAAAAUGUUUAUACGGGUACAUUUUGAAGUCUAUAUAAUUUAAUAUUUUUACGGCUAAUUUUAACUUAUAUAUAUUAUUAUAUAAUAUUUUAUUUCGUUUAGGUAUGUGUCUAUCAAAUACGUAUAUCUAUGUGGCUAUGACAUGAUAGUCGAUUAUAUCGUCUAUUGGUUUUAUCACGCACGUUGACAGUUUAACACGUGGAGGGAAAUACUACUGCAGUAGUACGCUUGGCUCAACAAUACGAAAAUGAUCAAUCUAUAUCGAGCAGAUCACGAGGAAUGUUUUAUUUUUAUUAUUUAUUAUUAUUAUUACUAUUAUUAUUAUUAUUAUUAUUGUUGUUGUUGUUAUCUAUCAGUCGGUGUUAAAGUACUUAUAUUUAUUUCAAUUUGUAUACAUACUUGUAUUAAAUAAAAUAAUAUUUAAAUUAAUAAUUAUCAUAGCGAACCUCAGCUAUAAGUUACUACCUACCUGUUUUGAUAUCUACAUUGUGCAAAAGAAAAGGAAAACGUUCGAUUCAUAAGGCAAGUACAAAAUAUGAUAAUAUUUAAAACCGAAAUGGUUUAAAAUUCAAGCCGAUAGUUAAAAUUUAAUAUUUUUGAAUUACCGGAGUACAUAAUUUCAUCGGUAUCUUGCCAAAAUUCAUUAACAGCAAUCUGACCAUUUUUAUUAUAUGAUUUUUUUAUUACUAUUUUAUUUUUUUAUAGAACAAUCUAAGGUAGUAAAUAAUUUUCUUUCGAUUUACGAGAGGCGUUCAAAGUGAAUUUCUCAUUCAAACCAAAACGAAAACUGUAGUAUUUAUAAUACCUAUAGAUGAUGUAAAUAAAAUUUAGUCAGAUUAUAGACUUAAGACAAGUGGCAGAUUAAUAUUGAAUAUACUCGUUGCUUAAAUCACAUCCCUCCCGGUAUCUUGUUCUGGAUCCAUCAUUGCUUACGACGAAAUUUUAUUUGCAAAUUUACCGAAACAAAUAUAUAGAAAUAAUAACUAAAAAGGAAAUAAUAACUGAGUAGUCUUGUAAAAUAUACUUUUUAAAAGUCAAGUACAAAUACUUAUUUUAAAAAAUAUUUUAAAUACGUCUUUGAAUAAUUAGUAAAAAAAAUUAUUUCAGUAUAAAUACAAACACUAUUAAAAGUAUUUCUGGUUACUUUUAAAUAAAAUUAUUUUCUUAUCAUUUAAAUCAACUUUAUUUUUUUUAGUAUUUGCAUAUUUUACAUUAAUUUUAUUGAUCAUUUUACACCAUACCAUUUAGAGUAAAUAACAACAAUUUUCUUUAAGUUACUAUUCUGUUUCCUUUAAUAAAUUAUUGGAAUUUUCAGUUCAGUUGAGUCACGCCAAAAAUAUAUUUUGAUCGUGAUAAAGGGUAAUAAAAAUGUUUAUCACCAUAAGGAAUAACAGUAAAAAUAAAACAUAGCUCUUACUAUAGUUUCUUGGUGUACAUUACGACUUCUAAAACAAUUAGACUUCCUCAUAAACUUCAUGCAACUUAUCGAAAUCUGUCGAGAGAAUAAAAAAUCAUAAUCAUCAUCAAAAUAAUUUCUGGCCAAUAUGACACAACUAUUGCCCAAAUAUUUUUUAUUUAACGUAGUUUAAUAGAAAAUAACUUAUACGAACUAAACAGAAAAAGUAUUUAACAAAUAAUAUUUGAUUUUAAUCAUUAUUUUCGAAAUUUCCCGUUUUUCUUACGUUUCAUUCUGGUUUUUCCCAGAUAUUAUGAAAACCGCUUGAAAAAUCAAAAAUUAACCCCCCAAUAGUACUAUCUGAACAAUAUUCCCUUUCAGAAAUGGUGUCGCGUGUAUAUAUCUGAGCAAGAUUUCUGGUAGAGUUUUUGUACACAGGAUAAAAAAAUUAACAUCUUUAUAAAACCAAUUUAUUCUUCGCUACACUCAGAAUCUAAAAAAUAAACUUCUAAAAUUAUAAUAUUUUAAUUAAUUGUAAAUAAGAUUAAAUUAUUUAAAUUUAUUGGUAAUUUCCAAAUUAAAAAUGUCUAACAUUCAUGUGGCAUACAGUAAUAAUGUGUAUUGAUAUAUUAUACAUAAUAUGUUAAAUAUAUUUAUGCAAUAUAGGACUAGGGUCUGGGACAUAUAGGUAAUACGGUCUCUCUUGAUUUAUAUAUACUUAUUUAGAAACUAUUUCUAUAUACGGUACUUUAACUCAGUGUAGUUUAUUACCGGGUUAGUAUUAAGAGUAAGUGUAUUGAUUAUGUGAAAAAAUGAAGAAAGAAAAAAUAAUAAAAAAAUAGUGACAAAAAAGUAAAAGGAAAAUGACACAUAUAAAUCAAAAGAAAAACAAAUCUGACAAAAUAAUUAUCUAUUAGAUAAGAUUAAAUAACCGUGUAAAUUAGAAUGUUAUUGGCUCACACGGAACAUUAUAAACGAUGCAACACAAAAAUAUGAAACAUACAAAGAAAACUGAGCUAACACAUGUAGAGAACUAAAUGAAAUAUAUAGGAAAACGUUGUGACGGAAUUAACAAAAAUGUAAUAACAAUAAUUGAAAAUAAAAGAAUAAAAAACAGCAUGAAGAAAAUAUAACAACUCGAUAGUUUAGGUAUCUUAGGUGCCUACAUAUUACUUAAGAUUUUUGCUUUAGGAACGCUUUUAGCUAAAUGCAUGGUUAAGAUAUUAUAAAUAAUAAAGAUUGAUAAAGAUAAUAUUAGAAAAAUCUAAAUUUUAAAAUUCAUUAGUAAAAAAAAAAAAAAGGUAAGGUCAAACGAUUUCAGGUAAAUUCAUUCAGGUAUAAAAAUCAUUAAAUCAUUGCAAUAAACAAUGUAUUUUAAAUAUAUGUAUAUUAUUUUAGAAUAUAUCUAAAAUAAAAUAAUUCUCAAAUACCGUAUAGUAAUUACAAUGAUUGUCUGCAAUAGAUUUAAACCAGGCGUAAAAAUUAUCAGUUAUAUACACUCACGGUAGCUAAUAAUUUUUUAAUCAUUUAUCAAUAUCAAUAUCAAUCAUUUUUAGUGUGUUAGUUUUACGUCGUAUUCGUAUCAUUACUACACACUGUUUAUAAUAUAUAUUAUGGUAUUAAAGUGACAGGAGAAAUCAAUUAAUAAUUGAAAUUUGGUAAUACACUUAUUAAUACGUUUAUUCUGAAGUGUAACUUCCAGCUUUGUAAAAUUUAAUAUUAUGGGCUAACAUAAUAGAUCGGAUAAAAUGGGUGGGUUUUGUGAAUGCACAUUAAGGGAGCGAUUUUGAAGGACCUUGGAAUGUGGACUGUGGUUUUCCUAUAAAUUAGAGUUUUGAAAAUUGAUUUCUAGUAUUUUACUGGAAUUUGCAUUAGGGUAAACUUCUAAUUAGACGAUUAUAACGGAUCUGCUGUCUAAAUAAUCAUGAGUAAACAUUUAUUCAUUACUUGUUUUGUAUCGUUUCUUUAACAUAUAGGAGUCAAUAAUUUUUUAAAACAGUACAAACUGAAUAUGACAAAAUACUAUCCCACGGAAUUCACGCCCAAAGACACGUCACAGAUGUGCAUGCAGACGAAAAACCCGAUAUUGUCUUGUCACUCAGAGAAUUUCGUGUUUCUCCGGUUCUUGAUGCACCUGUUCGGGUAUACGGUGGACGGGCCAACAGCUCCGCCCAAGAAAUUCAUCACUGAAAAACAUCAUGUACUAAUAGAUGGACCCGUCAUAGCGGGAUCACCGACCAAACACUUCUUGGACGGUUAUAAUCAUUUGUUCGAUGAAACAUUUAUGUCCGUUUUCCAGAAAAAAAGGCGCAAGAGGGCCAUAGCCGAGCGUGAGCAAUAUGAUUUCGUGGUGGUCGGCGCCGGAUCCGCGGGUUGUGUGGUCGCCAACAGGCUGUCAGAAAUUAAAAACUGGAGGGUAAGCUUCUUCUCCGUUAUCAUUCAAAAUUGGUAAUGAUGUGUUAUACGAUAAAUAGACAAUUUCGAGUUUUAUCAAAAUUAUUCACCAUACAGGUAUUGCUCCUGGAAGCCGGCAUAGAAGAACCCGCGUUUUCUUCGGUGCCUGGUCUCGCUCCUUUACAGUUAGGAAGUAAAAUCGAUUGGAAUUAUACAACACAACCCGACAAACAUAUGUGCAGAUCUAGACCGGGGGGUAUAUGCGAUUGGGCCAGAGGCAAAGUUAUGGGGGGAUCCAGUACAAUCAACUACAUGAUUUACACUCGAGGGAAUAUGGACGAUUACAACGAAUGGGAGCGAAUGGGUAACGAUGGUGCGUAUAAUUAUGGUAUUUAAUCUAUUUAUGUAGAUUUGAGUAUUGAGUACGGAACUAAGGUUUAAAAGUGAUUUAAUCAAUUUGCUAAAAAGUGGGCAAGUUAAUGAAAAUAAUUAACUUGUUUAAGUUGAGUUAAAUACACGUAAAUGCCUACAUUUAAAUUUUAAUCUUUAAGAAAAGAUAUAUUUAACUAGGUAGUUAAGUUGAAAGUUAAAAUGAAAAAAAUAUUAACUUAACUUAGUCAAAAAAAGUUAAUUAAUUCAAAAGAAAUCAACAUUGAAAAUAUUCAAUAUUAAAGACCUAAUAGUUUUACUAUUAAUCUUUUUAUAUAUUUGUAUACAAAAUACACUCAUUACUUAAACAACCCCUAUUAAUAUAACAUAAUGUAUAGGUAAUAAUUAUGCAAACAGAAUCAACAAACAGCAUAUCAUUAUUAUCAUUAAUAUUAUAUUGCAAUUAAUAAUUAUACAAAAUAUAUUUUUUGAUAAUUUUAUUUAACGUAAUAUGCUAGUAAUCUAACGCAAAAUGUAAAUGAAUAAAAUCUCUUGAAUAUGACAAAUAUGAUAAAUGAAUAUUAUGUUUUGUAUUAGAUAUAAGACCGAGUGCCCACCAAUGCAGCGAAAAAAACUGCCAUGUUUCACUGCAUGCCCAUGUUUGGUGUAUUUGGCCUAAAUCUUCUUAUUGAGAAUAAUUACAAUUAAAUCCAAAAUAUUGAAAAAAAUAAUUUACCUUUAACUUAACUGGAUAUUUAUAUAAAUUAACUGUAAAAAAAAAAAAUGAAAACUUAAACUAUUUAAAUAAAUAAACUAACGAUAAAAAUAUUUAAUUAAUCAAGUUAAAAAGUUUAAAAAAUAUCCAUCUUGGCUAAUUCAGUAUUUUUAAUAUAAAACAGCUUAGACGAAUUUAACAAAACUAUAAUAUUGAUACGUUUAAACUUUAUUAAUCAAUUAUUUUUUUUUUUUAAAUUUAGGUUGGAGUUAUGACGACGUUCUUUAUUAUUUUAAAAAAUCCGAGGAUAACGAAGAUCCGGAAAUUUAUAAAAAAAAUCCAAAAUAUCACGGGAAAGGAGGUUAUCUUACAGUAGAAUGGUUUUCGUAUUUAGAUCCUACAGCCAAAGCAUUAAUUAAGGUACACGCAUUAAAAAAAAACUAUAGGCUGAUAAAUAAUUCAAUUAACUAAAUUAUAGCAAAAGUUGGACUUCUCAAAAUAUAAUUUUAACUAUAUUUGACAAAAGUUUGUUUAAAGUAUACAAUAAAUAAUGUUAUUAUUAUAUAUUUUAUAGGCGUGGAAAGAAGUCGGCCUGGACUAUGUAGAUGUCAAUGCCGAAAAUCAAAUAGGCGUUACUCAUUUACAGUCUACGGCCAGACAUGGUGAAAGAAUGAGUACGAACCGAGCAUUCAUAAGUCCGAUAAGAAAAAAACGUAAAAACUUGACGGUUCUGACAAACGCUCACGUGCAUAGGGUGUUAAUCGAAAAGAAACGUGCCAUCGGUGUAGAAUAUUUGUACAAAAACAAAAUCCGGAGGGCGUUCGCCGAUAAGGAAGUGAUUCUCAGUGCCGGGGCGUUAAAUUCACCGAAAAUAUUGAUGCUGUCCGGCAUCGGGCCUAAAAAGCAUCUGGAGAAAAUGAACAUCAAAGUUAUAAAGAAUUUGCCGGUCGGUAGAAAUCUACAGGAUCACGUCACAUCUGACGGUGUUGUGAUACGGCUGAAGAAAACGGCUACCGACAAACCUCUUGAAAAAAAAAAGAAAGACGCCAUUUUAUACAAGAAGAAAAAGUCUGGUCCUUUGGCGGCCACCGGUCCGUUGCAAUGUGGCGUAUUUCUUCAAACCAAGUAUGUGUUCUUCUUCUUCGGGCAUUUAAUAUUCGAAUUUAAAUUUUUACCGCCAUCACAAUCUAUCCUUACACUUCACUCGAUUCUGAACUACUCUUCUCCGAUUUUGUACUUUUAUAAGUUUUUAAUUCAGUACUGCUCUACUUACAUCCUUCUUGUCAAUCCAUUCAGUUUUUAUCUUUCUUUUUAUUCUUCUCAUGGCUAAUUGCUUAAAGUAUGCUUAGUGGCCAUGUUAAUAUUUUAUUGUAUUUCGCGGCGCUCUUAUAUGCAACAUAUUAAACUUAUAUGAAAUUCGUUUUCUAGACAUUAAAAUUUAAAAUUAUUUUUUGUACACGUUAAGUUAACAAUAUUUGUUUCGAUUAAUUCGGAUUUAAAUCGUUUUUGUAGAUAUGAAAAUUCACUGGAUCUCCCGGACAUAAAUUACGCGUUCGAUAAUAGCAAUGCAAAGGACUGGAUCACUGACCCCGCGAACGCCACGAAAUUCGGUUUGUCACCAGUUUCUUAUUACGAAGCAAUUAACGUUAGACCGAUUUUGUUGAAGCCCGAGAGUAGAGGAUAUAUACUACUCAACAACACUCAUCCGGUUUGGGGUCAACCGCUGAUAUAUCCGCGAUUUUUUACGCGAGGGAACGAUCUUCAAGUACUUGUCGAAGGUAAAUUGCACAAUAUUUAUUUACCUAUUUUUACAGUGGUUUUAAAGAAAAGCCUAGUCGUAAAAUUAUAAAAUUUAUGAAUUUAUAAAAUAUCAUAAUUUAACUACUAACUGCAGGUUUCAGCACUUAUAAAAUACACAUAAUAUUGUUUAGAUAUUAGUUAACUUACUAUUUAAAACUGCAGUAAAUAUAUACAUAAGAAAAUUUAAUUUCUGAUUUGAAUUCUAAUUCGAAUGAAGCUGAAAUUGUACAGUAGGUAGGAAUUUUAUAAAUAGGAAACGUCAGCUAAGAACGAAUUUUGCAACUGGGACGAACUAAAGGGAUCUAAAAGCUAUCGUAAGUUUAUAUGAUGAUCUUAUGUUUUCGCUGAUACAUAAAGAUGAGUUAUUUUUGUUUUACUUCUGGUAUGAAAAUGUAAUGUAUAAAUAUAGCUAUUAGACUCCUUUAAUUAGAAGAUAAAUUUGAUAAUAUUUCACUAACUCCUAAAUAUUAUCUGUAUGCUAUAUGAUAAUGCUACAAGCUAUCUGGAAUAGCAAUAUCACGGGCAAGCAAAUUUAUUUUUAAAGCGAUUGGAAGCGACGAGUUUCUGUCUUUGUUUUAUUCACGUAAGAUAUAGAGAUUUAGACGUUUUUUAUUUCCAACGACCGAUUGAUCUAGUAAAGCAAUAAUAAUUCUGAAAACAGAUUUGAAUUUUUCGUUAAGUCUAUUUGAAAAACUUUCUCACUUUUUUAAUUUUUGAUUUUAAUUUUUCAAAAAUUUGAAAUAUUCCAUUUUGCAACUUUUAUUAAUAUGACUUUUUUAGAAUUUAAGGAGGUAAAUUUAAAAAGUGGAAAAGACAGAAACUAGUCGCUUCUAAUUCCCUUAAACAUUUACAAAAAACAAGCGUUCACUACAAUAAUAAGAAUUAUAAUGAAAACGGGGAACCACGGAGAAACAAGUUUGUUUCCGUUUCAUACAGACAUAGGAAAAGCCGUAUUAUAGUUAUUAAUAAUUUUAUGAUUGAGAACUGUAUACAUAAAUUACUGAAAACUAAAAUUUUGCUGAAAAUCACUUUUGUGAAUAUAGCGUACAUAAUAUAUUUAUAUGUAUUUCAUCACGAAAUUCGAACACUGACUUCCGACCAUUGGUUUUAAUCUAUGGGGCCCCUCGAAAAAAAUGGCUCUUGAUGGAUCAGAUUAACACGAGUAACGAGUGUGACUAGAUGUGUUAAUGGUCAGGAACUUAUUCUUUACAGUUUUUUUUUUUUUAUUAUUAUUAUUCGAUUUUUAACUGAGUAAUACUGAGUUUUAACUGAUAAUAUUAACAUCAAAAAAUAAUACAGAUAUUCACCUUUUCUAUAAAAAAAAUUACAUAAAAUAUUUAAAAGGACGUGGUAUGGAUAUUGAACAUAAUAUGUAAUAUCACAAAUUUAAAAAUGCUUAUAUGCACAUCACUUAAAAAUUAAAAUACUUAAAAGUCCAAGACUGUAGCAUAGAUAGUGGUUUUACUUUUGCGUUUAAUAAUAAGCCAAUUCACUUUAAUAUUAAAAGUAACGGCAUAAAAUUAUUAUCUCUACUGAACGCAAAUUCGCUAUGUACUACGUUUUUAAGACGGAGACAGGUCAUACGGAAACUACAUCUUCUUAAAGAAUUUAUUAAGCUCAGAUGAACAGUUGAAUAGUUAAAUUUAAAAUGUAUAAUUUUGUAUUAAUAUACAUUUAGAAAGUAUAAUUUUAUUUAUCGGGAUAGUAAAAAUAAUAACUCACUAAACGUGUAUUUGAUUGAUUCUUAGAUAAUAGUAAUUAUUGUAAGUAUAUGUAUCUCAUAACACUCAAAAUUAUAACUGAGAAACGGUGUAAACUCAUAGUGAAAACACAUAAUAAUUGAUUUUUAAUAACCGUUACUGUGGUAUAAUGGAUGCCAAUGCUUUACAUUUCGAUCGGUGGAUUGUUAGUACUUUUGUAAUAUUGGUUUCGACCAAAUACUUUCAUAUCGUUACAAUAUUUGUUUUCACUCGUUAGCGUUUCAAACAUGACCAGUAAUUCACACAUAAUAAUAAUAAAGACAUGCCGUCGAUACUUAGGCGUUCGUAAAAAUAUUAUGUAAAACCGCACAUUAUUGGGAAUUUUUUUUGUUAAGUAUUGUAAUAUGGGAUGCUUACAGUAUAGUGAGUAGGUUGUUAUAUUAUAAUAUGGUCAUAUUUUAUACUAUGAUUUUGUCACUGCAGUAAAAAACGAAACUAUACGAUCGCGAUAAAAUUAAUCAAGCGCGCAAAACAAUAAACCGGUAACUAUAAUAUGCAGGUAACCGCAAUCGUAUGUAAUCAAGGCAUAAAAUGUGUCGAUUAUUACGAUUGAAACAAACAUCGACUACGUUAAGCACCUGUACAGUGUACGUAGUCGUAUCUUUUCGUUUAAAUUUAAAAAAAAAAUUGUAUCUAACGUAAUAUAAGAAAUUACAUACCAUAAAUAACCAGCCAACCCUAAUAUAGAAGUAUAGGUAGGUAGGUAGGUAGGUAGGUAGUGUGUAUGCGCACACGUCAAAAUUACAAAAUUUCUUCGCCGAUGCCGAUGUAUACGUACAGUGUGUUUAAAAUGAAAAUAUGUAUUAGCAAAAUAACAAAACGUUUCGGCUUUGACACAGUUGCACGCGUUACAUAACAUUUGUUUAGGUCAUCGCUGUAUUGUUUUGUUCCUAUAAUAAUAUGUGUUGUACGAGCGCUUAUAACGACGGUAUUCUGGCUCAAUCCUCUGCUUUUUAGAGACCGGCAAAUUCUUGCCGGCCAUGUCAUUUGUACGACUAACGAAAAAGCUUUUAAAAUCGAUUUGCACAGGUAAAACGCGUAUUAUUACAAAAACGUUUAUACAGCAAUAUUUGGAAGAAAAUCUCGUCGGCGUUUUACAAUAAAUUCAUUAAAGUCCGUUCUCGUCAAAUUAAACGUUAAAUUUUUGACGGAAAUUAUAACAGAUUACCGACCAAUCGUGGUUGGUCAUUAACCGUAAACUUUGUUUAAAAAUCAGAUAAACGCCUUUAUUACGUUGACGAAAAAUCGUAUUUUAAUUUUUUUUUUUUUUUUUAUUAAUUCUUCUUCGCCUUUAUUCCAAUGGACAUGGACAUGGCGCCAUCUAGACAUUAUUCGUUCGUUUUGCGUAACUAAAUACAUUUUUCGUCACCUACAUUAACCGUUAAAAAAAAGAAACAGACGGUAAAUUCAACUGUGAUGGCCUUUUAACGUCAGUAGGUAUUUCGGCUAAAUCCUCUGCUUUAUCGGCGAUUUAAACCGGUUUUCGCACGUUAAAACUGAGUUAACGGUUAUGUACCUAUUGUUUUUACGAUAUUAUAAUAUAUAGCAAACAAAACCGACCGAUUUCGAAAUAGCAUCGUCAUCAGAACGAUUUGACUAAUAGUAUAAUUAUCGCCGAGACGCAUAAUAUAGUGUGAGUUAACACGUCGAAUUUAAUAAUAUAAUACGUAAUACGCGUGCGAUAAACAGAGCAGAGAGAAGGCAUACGAUUUUAGUGUGUUGUUUUUUUUGCUCACCCACGCUAUUUCAAUUAAAUGUCAGACUACAUUCGAUAAUUGCAUACAAUUAAAGAGCAAUAUCGUGCAAUAAUUACUCACAAAAGGUUGGUGUCGUAAUCGCGUAUGUAUCAUCACUUUAUCAUGAUGAUUAUAGACGAUAAUACAAUAAUAGUAUAGUAAAAUGUAUUGUUUUAUCAUAAAGUCUCAAAAAAAUAAUUUCUCUGAUUUUCUUGCUAUAUUUGUAAAUGUACGUUUUACUACCAGGGGCAAAUCGAGCAAAUCUACCUAACUUUGAGCCGUAUAAUAAAAUAACCAAUAACUACAAAAAUUAUUAAUAGAUAGUGUCUUACGGAGAAACACCGAAUUCGGUAUUGGAUACAUUUUAACUACUCCCGUCUCACCUAUCUUGAAUAUAUUCCACGCCCGGGGAACGUACUAUUACUCCCGUAAACGGUUUUAAUAUAGUAGUUUUCUUGGGUAUGCCCUUAUUAUCAUGCUACUGGAUUUAACGCUGCACGGUUUUUGAGCAGGGAUGAAAAUCGGAGCGAAUUUGGCUAAAAUGUCGUCGAUGCGUAAGGCGGGCGCUGAGCUGGUGGACGUGCCGGCCAAGGCGUGCCGGGCCCACAAGUUCGGAACAGACGGUUACUGGUCGUGCGUGGUCAUGGAGUACACGGCAACCAUAUACCAUCCAGUGGGCACGUGCAAGAUGGGACCGGAAGACGACGAAGAAGCGGUGGUGAGCCCACGGCUUAAAGUGUACGGCGUAGCCGGGCUCAGAGUAGUGGACGCGUCCAUAAUGCCAACCAUCGUCCGGGGUAACACCAACGCGCCAACGAUCAUGAUCGCUGAAAAAGCGUCAGACAUGAUCAAGAAAAAAUGGCAUUUGUCGAAAGCCGUGGGUAUUAAUGGUGGUAAUAAAAUGUAAACUCGACAAUAGUAUGUCAUAGUUACACGUUUGGGCAUAAAUGAACCACGAGGCGAUGUUCCCGGGCACAUCGUGUCCCCAGAGAAAUGACAAGUUUGGAUAGUAUAUAAUAUAUUAUGUUAUGCAAAAAAUAGUUGGCUUAAAUUUACUCAGAAAAAUAAUAUUACAGGUAACCCGUUAGAUAAAUAGAAAAUUACGAAGACAAAAAAAACGACUGGAAAUUAAAAUUUUUGGUUUGUUCAUAGUAUCCAGGGAAGGAAUAUUAAUUUUACUAUUUUAAAAUUGUUUACAUUAUUAAAAACCUCGUCGUUGUCCGUCUAUGUCCGAAAUGUGUUCUAUAUUAAUGUUUGCCCAAGCGUGUUUUGUCUUUUGUACAAUUAUCAAUUAAGUAAAAAUAUCGACAUUAGCCUAAAGAAUUGAACCUCGUGCAAUUGUCAGGAUAAAAUUUUCCUCCUCUCGUUGUAUACAUUAAAUCACUAACCUAGUAUCAUCCGUUAAAUUGCCCGAAGCCUAAACGAACUAUUGAGAAAAUGUCAUAUGAAAUCAAAUAAGGAAGAAAUAACAUUUUUGGAAAAUAUUUACUCAUUAUUCACUGAUAUUUACCAUUAUGAAAGCUACUGUUCUACAACGACCACCAAAACUUUUUUUAAAACACAGAUUUAUUUUAACCGAUUUCUUUACAUCAAAGGUCAAGAAUUUAAUUUAAAAGUUAUUCUAUACAGUUUAUUUUAGUAAAAGGAAACAAUUUAGAUUAGUUUUUUUUUUUUUUUUUAGGAAUCAACAAUAUUAGCCAUAUCUUUUUAAAAUUCUAUAAGUAAAUAUAUAAUGUAUAAAAUCAUAAAAUUACUUUUAAAAUAUUGUUUACCAGCUACUAGAUUACGAUUUUUUUAACUCCAUAUACCUAUUUAUAAUGAUAUAAUGAUUUUACCAUGGAUAUAAAAAAACAACUGUACAGCCUAUUAGGGUCCAAAAAGAGUAUGUUUAUGUUUGAUACACCAAGUGCACAAACGGUAUUGAUUAGCCUAUGAAAUAUUUGUUAUGGAACAAACUCGAUGAUAGACUUGAUAGAAAUACCUUUAAAUAUUUUUCUUAUUAUCACAUAGUUCAUGGCGUGAACAAACAUUUUAAAAGUUAAUCUUUAAAAUGUGUCUUCCUGUUAUAUCAGCUGCCAGUCAGCUAUCUAUAGUUGCUUUAUAUAUCUGCGGAUUUCACGUGGUUUUUUCCACAUCACUUUAAGCGAGUACAAAAUAUAUGACUUAAGUUAUUUAAUAUAUUAAAUUAAAUAACGAACACAUCAAAAAUACAUAUUGUUACAAUAACUUUUAAGUUUUAUCGAUAAGUUUUCAGUGCAGUAAUUUUUUUUUUUUUUAUAACAAUAUCAUAAUCUUAAUAUCAUAAAUUGUCUUAAAAGUUUCCCACAAAAUAGUUUACACACUUUGUAUUUACAAAUACCUAUUUACUUACCAAAUCUUCCAUACUCUUGAAAUAAAUAAAAUGUAUAGAUCUUCGAAAGGUUAUGAUGUUGAAAAAACCAUUGUUUUACACGAGCUAAUGUAUUCUUUAAUAUAAUAUUAUUGUAGAUAUUUUUAGAUAUCUGCUUUUAAAAAGUAAUUAAUUAUAAUUAACAAUCAAUGCUACCUCAUGGAAAAAGUAGGAUCAUAAUAAUUAAAAAUUUUUUUUUCUUAUUAAUCCAAAAAUAAAAAUGUUUGUAUAAUACUUGUAUGCUUGUUUUAAAAUCAAAAAUAAUAUAACUAUUCAUGUAAGUAUCAUUGAAAAGUAAUUAUAUCUGAAAUUUAUUACUAUUUUAAAAUAAACAAAUACCUACCUAAAUCCUUUUAUAUAACUUUAUAUAAAAAAAAUACACAAGUUUACACAUUUCGUGGAAUGGCAUUGCUAUGUUUUAAUUACAUUUAAAAAAAAAAAACUAAUUUUCUUUAACCAUUAACUCUAUUUUAGUUUUAAAUGUAGUCUCAUAUUGUUACAAAAUACAAAAUUAUAGUAAAAAAUAAAUGAAAUAUCUAAACUAACGUAUGUAAUUACUGUCGUUAUGUAUUAAUUUUUUUUUAUUAUAUUAAUAGUUAAAAUUUUAAGUGUUAUAUUGUCUUCAAUUUUAGUUGUAGUUUUAUUAAAAAGGAUCAAGUAUUAUAUAUAGUUUUAAGUUUAAGUUUAAAGUUAUACUAAUGAUCUAAUCAAUACUGAUACAUUUUGCUCAAUAUACAAAUUAUAAGAAUUUUAUUUGUCAAUAUAAAGUUUACGGGUUUUUUUUUUUUUACCAUUUUAUAUUACAAAAAGUACCAUAAUAUAUAUUACAUAUACUAUAUAGGUAUACAUAUUGUAUGGUGAACUGUAUAUUGUAUUUUUGCGAAAGUACAAAAUUGUAUAAUAUAUAGAAUAGAUUUUAAAUUGUAAAGAUGGACAUGAUUUUAUUUUUGUUCAAGUUAUGAAUAACUAAUUAUAUAAUAAUAUCUAAUUAGUUAAAAAUAUUAUUGCCAAUGUUAUUAUAAUGAAUGUUCGGAUGAAACAAAAUAUGCGUUUUAAUUAUUUUAUUUUGGUAUAAUUUUGGCCUUAAUAUCCUAAAGUAUAUUUCGAACAAAACCAUGUAAUUAAUACAGUCACGGUCGAUAAUUUCGAAACUGAAUUACCCGAAAUCUUUUGUUCGAAUGUUAUUUUUCUGAAUACGGAGAAAAAAUGGGGGUGAGAGAGAAAUGGCAUUAUAGGAUUUAAUGGGUGGAGAACAUUUUCUCCGUGGCUUUCAUCAGACCAGACACUUCAAAUCAAUACCAAGAAACUCUGUCUCUCAUAAAAAAAAUUAUACGAGCGAGGGUUGACAUAACUUAGAUCUAUACUCUGCUGUCAAAGAAUUCAAUAAGAAAAAAACUCAAGGAAAUUAUGUUUACAGAACUUGAGCUUGGGGUAGGAGGAAAAGUCAGAAAUCGGUCAGAAAGAAAAUGGUAAGACUUUAAAAGGCGCAUAUUUUAGUUUGCUGUCAUCAAGAGUUACGGUAUAAUCUUAAAUAACUUUGUAUUCUUGGGAAAAUUGACAGUUCAUAAUAUUGCCUUGUAAAUAAUUGUAUAUUUAACUUGUGUAUUGUGUAAUUUUAAUUUAUUUUGAAAUUUAAAAAUGUAUGUGUUAAAUAAUAAUAAUUUAUAGGUACUUAAAAACAAAAAAACGGACAUACUUCCACUAUGGAUAGGCUACUGUUGUAGGUAAAAAGUUGAAAAGGUAAGAUGUAGGGGAAAUUUAAUGUAUGCAACACAUACAUCACGUGUUGUAUACAUCUGUAUACAACGAUAAACCAUUGCCAAUGAAAAACGAUUCGGAGCGAAGUUUCUGUUAUACAUGUACGUACAUUUUCCCGUUUUUCCCCCGUGUUUCCCGGUUUUUCUCAAUUAUUAUGAAAACCUACUUGGAAAAUCAGAAAAAAAUGACAUAGAUAAAUCCAGAUAAAAUUACCUUUCAGAAAAGGUAUAACACUUGAAAAUCUGGUAGAAAAGUUGUUCACAGACAUAAAAAAAAAAGUAAAAAAUAAACAUCAUCAUAAAACCAAUAAAUUCCUCGCUACGCUCCAAAUCUGAAAAAAUUCGGGAUUAACACAAUCUGUUCAGAAAAUAUAUCAUACGAGAUAUUUGAUUCAGGAAAAAGGUUGGGAAUAAUCCAACGAAUACAGAUAUGUAACGUCAAUAAAAAGAGUUAAAUAUUGGUGAAAAAAGUUGAUACUUUGUGUUUAUUUUCGAUAAAUAAUUGAACUUUACAUAACAGUUUAUAGUUUUGAAAACGAUUAAUAUUAUGUAAAAUAGAUUACUGGUUUAUAUCUAUUUCAUAGUAUUAUAUUCAAAUAAGUAUUCUUAUCCGUGUACAAGUUGUACGGGAUAUUUUGUUAUUGGAAAUUGUUUUUUAACCAAAAAUACAUACUACAUAAUACGAUAAUUAAUUUUUUAAGAAAAUAGUAUAUGUAAUUAAAAUUUUAAAUAUUUAUUUUAAGAUCAAACGCUAUUUUAAUUUCCGGUUAUGGUAUGUUUCACGAACUAUUUCGGCAAAUAUCCACAACAUUCAUGUAACCAGCAUGUGUAGAACUAUAUUUUAAUUAAACGUACCUGCAUAUACACGGAAAAGUAAUAAAAAUAUUAACUCUAACACUAACGGUUUGAAAAGUGAAAAUUAGAUAGGUCGCACAAUUAUUUUACAAGUAAAAUAUUAUUGAAAACCAAGAUACGCGAACGAGAUAAUCUAGAAAAAAUAAGAAAGUUAUGACUUUUAAUACUUAUAUACUUAACAAGAAAUAUUAUUAAGUGAGAUGCUAUAUAGUUUUAUCACAAUAGAUUCAUAGUUACAGCAUUACUAUUUUAUGUGGCGUAACCACUAACUUACGGCAGUGAUAAGCAGCAUUUCAAUAGUUGCACAUUUUGAAUUUUGGAUUUUUUCUAUAGUUACAACUUGUAUUUUUAUUACGUUUUGAAAAGUAUUAUGUUUUACGUAAUUGUGAAUUAUGCAUUAUGUAUUAUGUCGAAUACUUAAAAUAGAAAGUACCCUGUAAGUAAUAUACGAUCAAUUUUUAAUUCCCGUUGAAUACGUUUCUUUCAUGUUCUCAGUUCUAUAAUUCAAUUAUGAAAAUAAAAAAAGGUCAUAAUUACCUAUUUGAAAAUUAAAUAAUCUUUAAGAAUUUAUUAUGAGUAAUACUUAUUGAUCAACGCCUGUUGAAAAAAUGUUUCCAUUAGCAUGGAUGAUUCAAUCUCCAAUGUGAUCUAAAAAAAGUGAUUCCUACUGGUAUCUCUUAAGAGAAAUAAUUGUUUUUUUCAAAUACAUAUUGUAAUGUAUUUUUUCUACCCUUGCAUAUAGAUAAGAUGUGUAUGUAUAAAAGCAAGUAAAAUAAAUAACUUUAUAUCUUUAUACAUAUAUACAGAGUAAUCUAUUUAAAAUCUAUUUAAAUGUCUACACUCAAUAUUAGUUAUUUAGUUUUUCAGCAUUUUUUUUUUUUUUUUUUUUUUUAACAACUUAUGAUAUGUUCUGAAACUCUAAAAUGUCACAUAAUCGUUAUUUUUUGUGACUUUUAUUUUCAGUGGUGAUAUAUACAAUAGUUAAACAUUUUUAAUUUUCUAAUAACGAACUGUAUUAAAAAUUCCAUAAAUAGAUAUUCCUCUUUUAGAUAGGGGAGAGUAGAGGAGUACUAUUUAAACGCCGCGGGCCGUGCCACCACACAAAUGAUGCUCCACUACUCCUCAUAUACCCAAACAUAAUAGUGGAAUAUCUCGUUAACGAGUCGACGGAAAUUAAAAAUGUCAACACCAAAAUUUAUUUUAUCUUAAUCAUUAAAACAUCACUAUAACAUUUAUUUAUGAAAUUUUUAAGAUAUUUCACUAUUUGAAAAGUGUCUAUAGUAGAUUCAGUUCCAAAAAUUAAGGUGACAAAAAAUAACAGUAGUGUAACAAUUUAGAGGUAUUUGUUUUAAAAGAUGUUCUAAAAAAAAAUUUAAAAAAGUAAAUACUUUGAGAAAUAUCGAGUGUAAAUAUUUAAAUGGAUUACGCUGUAUAUUCGAAUUUGUUUAAAUACGGUAAAAAUAUGUAUUUUUUUUUUUUAUAUUCUUCUCGGAUCUAUCAAGUAGCAAUAAUGCAGUAAGUAUAAUAGUUGAGUAAUAAUAUCAAUUGUGAUAUACUAAAACAAAACGUAUGUGUAUAACCUUCACUGUCGCUAAUUAGAAAAGAAAGCAGAUUUAUACGAGUCAUUUGUUUAGACUGCAGGAGUUCGAAAUGUAUAGAAGAUAAUUGACUCGUACACUUUAUACUAUGUAUACCUUCGGUCAUGCAAUUCCAGUGUACGGAUUCUACUUGAUAUCCUUUGUUUUUUUUUUUUUUAAUAAUAAUAACUUAUGUUAUUACCUAUGUCUUAUUUUAAAUUACUAAACACGUUACACAAUACAUAUUUUUACAUAUUUUGUUGUAUACGUCAUAUCGAUUAACUAACAAAGCUGCUAAAGUAUUAUUUGAUCUAAUGAUGUUCAAUAAUAUUAUGAAAAAUAUAAACGAUGAUAAUUUUAAACUAUGUGUACACAAUUUUUUCGUGGUUUAAUAUUUCUUACACAAUUGUAAUUUUUUCAACAGUAAAACGCAAAAAAAAAAAUUUAGUCUGUAUAAAAUUAAAACCCGUUUUGUUACGAAUCAAACAAAGAUUAAAGUUUUUCAGUAAACGAAAGAAAUAGAGAAGUACAACUAUUAUCCUGAAGUAAUUAAAAUUGAAAAUUGUAAAGACAAUAGUGAACCAUGAACCAGUUAUAUAUAUAUACGACAGAAUUUCAAAACAUGAUUAACUCGGAAUCGUAAUAUAAUAAUAAUAAUACAUAAUAACAUUUAUAAGUCUUCAUAAUAUUCUUUUUGUAUUAAACACACAAGACAAACUCCGUUACGGAUCACAUAAACAACGAUAAUUCAGACGAAUAACGAAAACAUUUCUAUAAAAACAUAUUUAACACACUGGCGUCGGGAAUAGACUAGGUUAAAAUUUGGCAAUUGUCUGUGGUCAAUUCGGGCCAAUAAUUUCAAACACAGUUGAAUAUGGAACGGAUAACGUACCUUAUUCACUAUUAAAAUUGAUAAUAUCCUACCUCCCUAACUAUUGAUCAACUACAGUAGCCUAUUGACGAGUAGUAUCAACUUUUUAAAUUUAAAUUGUUGUUUUUAUUAUAGUAGAUAUCUUACAGUAACCUACUAAUUUCAAAUAGUUUAAAUAUUAAAUCUCGUAUCCACUUUCCUCGGUGAAAUGUUUUGUUAUGCGUUAUACUGAUAAGUGAUAGUAUGCCUAAUACAAACAUAUGUAUGGACAUCUAAUAAGAUGUAAAACCGCAAAAUAACGAUUCUAUACGUCCAAUCCUCGUAAUUCUCAGGUUAAACCGGCCACUCAUCAGUUAUAACGGUAAAUAACGAAUCAUUUUAUUUAUAGGUAGGUACGUAGAAUGUUUGAAAAAAACCAAUUAAAUAUACAAAACGAAAUUGACUAUACGGAUAAAUUUUGGUAUAAAUUCGAUAAUCAUUUCGAAAUAUCACAAUGUAUAAUUAAUACAAAAUUUCACAUAGAAAUUCGCGAUUUUCGUUACUAAAUAAAUCAAUUUAAUGUUAUUUUUUCGCGUGCGAGUAUUAUUAUUGUUUAUAUCAAUACACACAAUAUUGACGUAUUUUAUUUCUAGCCAAGACCAAACGAAGCAUAUUUCGUUAUUAUUAUUAUUUAUUUUUUUUAAUGAUUAUUAUAAUAUACUUAUCAACACGAAUCUCCGCCAAUCAAAUAGCGGCACCGGGAGCGCAAUAGAGGUUCGAACACACAUAAUCACAUUCAUAACACGUAUAGAUAUACCUAUAAUACGCGCCUAUGUAUAUAUUCAUAUUUCAUAUUUUGUACGAAAUCGAAUAGGUUGCGGGUCGACCGUUGAAUACUAAAUUACAAGCAUUAUACAAGUAGUGUAAAGUACUAAUUAUUAUUAUACCCGUUCUGUUAUAAACUGCCGAAAUAGUUUUGUUUAGUAUCGAAAUAUUCGGAGUGCGCCCGGGGCAGUUUUUAUACCCCGCCCGAAAUAGUCACGUACAUAUAUAUAUAGUCGCGUUGUAUUAGAAUCAAAUUAUAAUAACACCCGGUAUGCCGUAAUAACGGGUAAAUUGAUUUACAAAACACUAGACCGUCUAUACCUAUAAAUUAAUAUACCUGCGAUUAGAUUAUUUUAUUUCGAUUGUUAUUUGACGAAUCGCCGCUAUUUGGACACAGAUUUCGUGAUGACCAUAUUCUUGAAAUUCAAUUAGUACUUUGAUCCAUUUAUGGUCGAAAUUUUAAUUGUACAACAAAAACUAUAAUAGUGAAUAGUGUACAUACAAUUUUAUAAAACAGUUAACUUUUAUGAAAUAAAACAAUAUUUUCUGGUUGCCCAAAAGUUGUAAAAUUUCGUUUUGACUUUAUGAAAUAAUGUAACUUUCAGAUUCCGAGCGUAGCGAGAGAGCUAUUGGUAUUACUAAGAUGUUUUUUCUUCUUCUAGUCUAGGGACACAUUUUUUCCUAGUAAACUUGUUCCGAUUUUCAACGCCGUUUUUUUAAAUAAAAGCACUAAAGUGGGGAAAACGUACAAUUUUUACGAUUUCAUUAUUUUAUAAAUACAUGGACGUAGUUUUCUACUAGAAAAAAUAAUUUGAUCGAAAAAUCAUAAGAUACCUAUUUUGUUGCCUUUUUAAUUUACUUUAUCACAGUAUCAUUUCCAAAACUUUUGAGCUUUUAAGCUCAAAAGUGAUCCGAUCAUCUCAUUGACAGACACAAACAGUAAACUCCAAACUUACUACGGUCAUUUCUAUUCUGAAACCUAACAUUAACCCUUAAACUUAUUUACUAUAUAAAACUCUUUCACAACUAUUUUGGGCGUAUAUCACUGUUGUGUGGGGUUCUUCUACAAUUCAAGCAUUCCAAAAUAUCGCUUAAUCACUGAAGUACCCUGAUAUGUAUCAAACAAUUCUCUAAACUCUGACCUCAAAAUUUGUUUAAUCGAAGAAAUUGCUGCUAAUUACUAUAAAUACUUUCACCCAAAACAUCGAUUCAACAAUUCCAACCAAUUCGUCAAGAAUUUAGUCUCAAAUACUCUACCCGGGAACCCAAUCGUCUCAAACGUCAGUCUAAUGCCAGGACUUGAACAUUUAUUAAAUUUAAUUCAUCAAGCUUCUCUAUUGUGAGAUUUUCUUUCAUGUGUUUAACCGCUCAUUUGUCACGUUACGAAUCGUUGUUUGGUUUUGACACCAAUGUGGUCGCAAGCAACGCACGUGUCUGCAGCCUUCGGACAGACGGCUUCUAUGUGGCUGGGGAACGGACUCCCUAUUUAACGUAAUUAUUCACGUGUACACAUAUAUUAUAUACGUAUUUGGCGUUAUUUUUUAGGUAUUUUCACUGCAUAUUCAUGUGAAUAGCACUAAAACACGUGGAAAUGGAUAGUAAUCUCACGUGUAUUAAGUUAACGCGAGUACAAAUUUUUCAUUCAACGGACGUAUGUGAAAUCAAAACGAAAUAUAAACACGCGUCAUUUUAGAUAGCGGUGAGUGUAUAAACGACUGUAUACGCAUACACAUAGGUACGGGUGAUAAUCGACUUGCGCUACCGCCGAAAAGUGUGGGUACAUGUCACGCGGUCAUCUUGCAAACAUUGUUUGUGUUCCUCAGACUAACGCAAUAGGUAAUGAAUAAUGAUUCAUAUUUUUAUAUUCUGCGAUUUUUUUGACGGCCGUCGAAAGACCAUCACCAUCGUCGCGGCAUUGUCUUUGCAGAACUUUGUUGUCAUGCAAUAUUAUUAUUAUUUUCGUGAACUUAAUAAUAAAUAAUUAUUGCGACACAAGAACGGGCAAUAAUACUCUUAAACGACCGUAACACCCAAUUACAGAUUUUUUUUUUUUUCGCAAAAUUUCGGCAAUUUAUCCCGCUCGAAUACAAUAACUUACAAUACUAAUACGCGGUAGGUACUAACAACUUAGCUGUCCAUGUAUAACUAGACAGCAUAUUUAGGAUUUUAUCAAAAAGGGAGAUAUUAAACAUAGAAAUUGUUUCAUAUUUGUUUUAUUAACGCCAAACGAUAAUAUUAUAAAUAAACAAGAUAGUAAUAAUACAUAUAGAGUUUUGUAUUUAAUAGUUGUAGUAACUUAAAAUUAAGUGAGUCCAAUGCAAAGUAUAAAGACUAUAUAAGGUGUCUUAUAAAAUUAAACUUUUAGUACUAAGGUGAAAAAAAUAUGCAGCAUACGAGAGGACUUUGUUUUGAACUAAUAAGGUCUUUGGAUAGAUAUGGAUGCCAAAUAAUUACGUCGUAUUCUAGGAUAGGUAUUAAAUCUAUAUUGUGAAACGAGAAUCAAAGCUAAAUAAAAAAAAAAAUAUCAAUUUUAAUUUUAUAAAUUUUUGUAAAUAAUUUACAAUUCAAUGUGUCCUAAAAUUGCCAUUGAAAUAAAAUGAUUUCUUAGGUAAUUAUUAAUUAAUUUACUAUUUAGAUACUAAUAAGGUAGUUUAAAUUUGAAAAUAGAUAAUGGUAUGAAUAAUAAUGAUUACUAAAAAAAAUAUUAAUGAGGGAAAUAUAAUAAUUUAAUCUGUCUAAUUUCUUCCCGUAAAUACGCCACUGCUGUGCGCACACAAAUGCCCCGACGACGACGAUGUUUAAAAUAGGUAGGUAUGUUGAACGUACUUCGCACGUGGGUACAGUCACUGUUGUAGAUGGGAAGUUGAAAGGGAAGAAUACAGAAGGGAAUUUAAUGUAUAUCGGUGUAAGCAACGAUAAACCAUUGCUAAUGAAAAAUACGAUUCUGAGCGGAAUUCAAUUGAUAGUGAUGCUUAAGUAUAGAAUAAAGAAACAAUGUAUUGAAAUCUAUAGGUCCAAUCUAAUUGGUCUUUAGCUUAAUAUUUGAUAUAAACCUUCGAAUAUCAUCAUUUACUUAAUGUUUAUAUAUAAUUAUACUGUUAUUAUUACUAUUAUUAUAAUUAUACGUUAUUGUUUUUUUGUAGCCCGAUAUUGAUAUUUACUAAUUUCUUUACAUUCCUUGUUAUCGACUGUACCUCAAACAUUUGUUUUUGAAACUCCACCUGCUGGUAAGCUUAAAUUAUUUAAUUUAUGUAAUAAUAUUAUUGUAUAAUAUCACUUUUACAGGUGUCCGCAAGAUCAUGUUCAUGAAAACUUCAGUUACCAUUGAUGAUGUAUUUUAUGCCAUUGAUAAUGGUCGUAUGAAGUUUAAGGAUUUGAUGCUGAAAACAAUAACGGUACUCUCAAAAAAGAGUGAGCGAACUUGGCUAAUUCAAGACAACGUCAUGGUAGAGCAGGUCGUGUUAGGUCUGGGAUUUGUUAUCAUUUGUAUACCAGAGGUCGUGAAAAGUAAUUUGAUGAUUAUGUAUUAUCCGAUAUAAUGCAUACAAUUUUAUAAGAUGUGAUACUUCAAGCUAAAAUAUUGCAAUUUUAUAUGGUAACUUCAUUCUUAGAAAAAGUCAUGAAUCCACCGGAAAUCAGGGAUCUCGAAGUGGCUUUAAAAAUAAAUGUCUAA